UCCCACAAUUCUACCGCUCUCUGCACUAGCCACUCCCCCUCACUCUCACUUACUCCAGCAUAGAAACAAAAAAGCCCAUUUCGCUGACAAACUCCGUGUUCAUGGAAAUUACGAUGUCUCACGUAAACAACGGACCGUUUCAAGAUUGUUCAUGUUGGAUAAACAUGCUGAGUCCGACACACAUGCACCCAUGUUGGUAAGCAGGCUGUUAAAGUCACGUAACGUUGCAUAGGCUACUCAUCAACAACCGCGGUUGCCUUGCGCUUCAUAGCACUGGCAUGGCCAUGGCAUAGACGGGCCAUGCAUGCGGUUAGCUUUAGGCUAUCAUUUCCCAACAACAGCAAAAACGCACGGACCUCCAGAGGGAUAAUAUGGUCCUUGAGUCACAACUCUCAGCUUUACAGGAAAAUUGUGGCUGGGAGCCGUUCAAUGGGAAGUUAUACCUCUUCUCUACUGAUGAGAAGAACUGGACUGACAGUAGAGAUGCCUGUGUGACUAUGGGAGGACACCUGGUCAUCAUAGAGAGUGAAGAUGAGAGGAUUUUCCUGCAGGGUCAUGUUAAUGUGGAUGACAUCAGUUACUGGAUCGGUCUGACUGACUCAGUUGAAGAAGAUAACUGGUCUUGGGUGGACAAUACAGCUUUCAACUCUCACUCAGAUUUCUGGUAUGACAAAGAACCUGACAACUGGAUAGAAGAUGGAAAGCAUCCUGAAGGAGAAGACUGUGCUCACAUGAAAGAUGGUCAUAAUGGAAGGUUUAUGGAUGCCUUUUGUUUCCAUAAUAAAAAAAGAAUAUGUGAGAGUAAAGCUCAUAGCUCGCAGUGCUCACAUGGGGGGUGAGAGAAAGCAGGUGUCUCUUCAUACAGUAAAAAUAAAUGUGGUUUAUGAGAUUUUAAGUUAAAGUUUUUAGAUUUUGGAUCAGAUUUUGCUAAGUAGUGUUACGCUAAAGUCAAAGUUUGAAACUGAGCAUUUAUGAGUAGACAAUAUUGAACUGCUUGUGAUACCCUUGAUGUUGAGUGGUGAAAUUAAAAUAAUAUAGUCUAAUGACAGCCAAAAACCUGAUAAACUAAAUGUACUGCACAUUCUACCUGCCUCUAUUUCAGUCUUGUUGCCGUCUUUUCUUUGUCUU